AUGGACAAGAGUUGGAUUGCAUUGGGUAAGACACCUGAUGGAAGGAUGAGUCAGCCAUUUAUUGAUGGGGUGCCAUCAUUUAUCAAAUUUGCAAUGGCAGUUGUUGACCAGGAAGGUAAAAUUCCGUGCCCAUGUUUGAACUGCGUGAACUAUUAUUCCCAAAAUCUUCGAAAUGUGCAAAUUCAUUUGCUUCAAUAUGGGAUUAUGCAAACGUACACUAUUUGGCAUGAGCACGGGGAACCACGUGUAUCAAAUGAGGCUCAUCAUGAAAUGGCAAUUGAUGAAGAUGAGGUUUUAGGUGGUAUUGAUGCCUUAGUGGAAGAUCGAAUAAGAGGAGAACCCAACGAUGCACCCCAGAAUGAGGAAGUACAAACGUUUGAUAAACUAUUGAAUGAUGCCAAACGUGAGGUGUACUUAGGUUGCACAAACUACACUCUGUUGAAGUUUGUCAUCGAGCUGCUUAAUAUGAAGGUAACAAACCACUGGAGCAAUAAGUCGGUUAACACACUAUUGGAGUUUUUAACAAAACUUUUACCAAAAGAUAAUUUGGUUCCAAAGUCAUUUUAUGAAGCUAAGAAAAUACUUCGAGAUUUGGGCUUGUCAUAUGAGUUAAUUGAUGCUUGUAUAAAUGAUUGUGUAAUCUUUUGGAAGGAAAAUGCAAGGUUAGAUAAAUGUCCAAAAUGUAAGGCAUCCAGAUACAAGAUCAAUCGUGGCAGGGGUAAGAAGAUUCCCCAUAAGGUGUUGCGGUACUUCCCAUUAACACCAAGGUUGAAAAGAUUGUACAUGUCAAGAAAGACUACUGAGGACAUGAGAUGGCACAAGGAGAAACGUAUAGAUGACGGAGUAUUGAGACAUCCCGCCGAUAGUGAUGAAUGGAAGGAAUUUGAUGUGCAACAUCCUCAGUUUGCCCUGGAGCCUCGAAAUGUAAGGCUAGGGUUGGCUGUUGAUGGGUUCAAUCCUUUCGGGAACAUGAGCAACUCGUAUAGUUUAUGGCCUGUAGUACUCAUUCCUUAUAACUUGCCACCUUGGUUGGUUAUGAAAGAUCCCUUUCUUAUGAUGUCACUACUUAUUCCUGGAGAAUCACAACCAGGGAUCGAUAUUGAUGUCUACAUGAGACCUCUGGUGGAUGAGUUGAAUGAGUUGUGGGAAAAUGGUGCAUUAUCUUACGAUGCCGUAACUGGUGAGUCUUUCCAGAUGCGUGCAGCUUUGAUGUGGACUAUACACGAUUGGCCCGCAUUUGGUGACAUAUCUGGGUGGAGAACAAAGGGUCAUUAUUCUUGCUACACUUGCAAUGAUGAACCAUAUUUUCAAUCCUUGAAAGGUAAGACUGCAUACACUAACCAUCGAUGCUACUUGCCUCAAAACCACCCCGAAAGGCGAAAGAGUAAGGCUUACAAUGGUAAGCAUGAGAAGCAAAAGAGAUCUUUAAAGUUACCAGUGGAAAAGAUAUUAGAGCAAUUGGACAGAGUGACAGGUGUCACAUAUGAGAAGCAUCCAAGAAACAAGAAAAGACUCCGUCAGGCACCAAAGGCUGCAACUCGCCUGCAUGAAGCCGGAAUCGCUAGUAAUCGCCGGUCAGCCAUACGGCGGUGA